AUGGCUAGUGAGGUGCAAAAUUUCUACAAAAACAAAUACGUCUUCCUUACCGGUGGUACGGGAUUCCUCGGUGUUGCUAUCAUCGAUAAGAUUCUACGUUCGUCCCCAGAGGUUGGCGGCAUCUAUCUGCUGAUGCGCCCCAAGAAGGGUAAAGCGAUCCAGGAGCGACUGCAGGAACUUACGAAAAACUCGGUGUUCGAGCAACUGCUGGAGAGUCAAUCGGCCGACAUCUUCAAGAAGCUCAUCCCGGUGUCGGGCGAUGUGGGUGAAAACUUUCUGGGGCUCUCGCAAGCGGAUCAGGCCAUGAUCGUGGAAAACACCAACGUGGUCAUCCAUUCGGCGGCUACACUCGACUUCCAGGCAACGCUUCGACCAACGGUCAACAUCAAUCUGCUCGGCACCAAGCGCGUGCUGGAGCUGUGCACGAGAAUGAGAAAUCUGAAGAGCAUGGUGCACAUAUCCAGCGCGUACGUUAAUUCGUACCUUACGGAAGCCGAAGAGAAGCUGUAUCCCUGCACGGAAACCGCACAGAAGGUGGUCGAUCUGGUGGACACGCUGAACGAUUCGGCACUGGACGAGCUGCUGCCAAAACUGCUGAAGGACCAUCCGAAUGCGUACACGUUCACGAAGCAGCUGGCGGAGCACGAGGUUAACAAACAUGCGGCACAGUUCCCGUGUGCCAUUAUUCGUCCGAGCAUGAUUACCGGCGCCUGGAAGGAACCCACACCCGGGUGGACCAUCUCCAAGAAUGGGCCGCAAGGUUUCCUGAUGGGUGCGUCCAAGGGUGUCAUCCGUCGGCUUCCUGUCGGAGUGGACCUUGUCUACGAUUACAUUCCGGUCGAUGCAGUAGUGAACCAGACGCUCGUACUGGGCUGGUACAUGGGUACUAACAGUUUCCGGGAGGUGAAAGUGUUCCACUGCACCACCAGCACAUCGAAUCCCUUCAAGUGGCGCUCGGUGGUUGACCAGAUGAACGAUUACCUCCACAAAUACCCGCUCAAGUCGGCCAUCUGGUACCCACGGUUGAAGUUCGUGUCCAGCCUGUGGGUGUACAAGUUGGCAUCCAUCUUUGUGCACAUUCUUCCCGCGCUAGUGCUGGACUUUAUACUGCGGGUUACAGGUGGUCGUCCCAUGUUGAUGCGGCUUCACACGAACGUUUGGGAUUCGCUGAAUCGGUUGGAAAAGUUUAUCUUCACCGAGUGGAAGUACCACAAUCCGGCCACACAACAACUUGCCCAAUCGUUGCCGGAUACGGAUAAAGCGCUGUUCAACUUUAACGUCGCCCAGCUGCAAUGGCCGGAGUACUUCGUGCAUCUGACGCAGGGCGUCCGGCGGUAUCUCAACAAUGAGCAACCCAAAUCACUCGAUGCCGCUCGCAGAAAGGAUAAAGUACUGUUCAUCGUGGACAUCGUCUUCCAGGUGCUUAUCUUCUCGCUGCUCGGAUGGUUGUUCACCGCAGUGCUCGGUUCGUCCAGCAGCUCCUUCUGGUUGUACAGCGUGGGAAGUUAUCUGCUCUUCAAUCUGCUCUAG